CUCUGCUCUCAUACGGACUAAAACUUUACCAAUCAAUUGCUCUGUGCUUUCAAAAUGGUCUUUUCUUUGACUUGAAACUCAACAGGCUUUCAAUGUGCUCAAAUGCAUCUACGUGAAGAACAAAACUUUCACCUGCUGGAUCCAUGAGCCAGAUGACCCUUUACACCUCUGCCCACAUUCUCCACCAAACCCAGGUGAAGAGUGUGUGUGUUCUUGUGCUCCUGUAUAUUCCUCUGUCUAUGAUGGACAUCCCUGGACCAUGCAGGCACUCCAUAACUAAAGAUCACCUGCUCCAGAUAAGUAAUCUAAUCAAUAACCAGCUGAGGAAUGGAUGUUCAAUAUCCUACUUGUUUAUUGAGAAGAGACACAUGAGCUCAGUGUGCUAUGUAAAGGCGGCUCUUCCACAUGUGCUGGAUUUGCUGAGUACCCACUUCAGAUAUUCCCGAGGCACAGAGAACGCUCUGUCAGUCCGUUCUCUACAGAACCUCAUACACAACAUCUACUCGCAGCACUGUGUGCCACCGCUUAAUGAAGAAUUCGAGGAGGACCCAGUGGCAUUUCUGAAGCAGUUCACAGAUUCCCCUGUUCAAGCCUUACAGAGAGUCAAGGAAGUGCUGGAUAUCUACCUCCAGCUCAUCACACAAACACACACAACUGUGGACUGGAGCUGCACAGUGGAAUACAGCAACUACACAACUGUUGUCCUUACAGAGCUGCCCAGCACAUAUAGUACAGAGACCACACUUGUGAUGCUGGGACAGAAUAAGCAGGACUCGUCUGAUUUGAGUUUCUAUAAACUGGGCUUCGUCGUGUUAGCAGUGAGUGGGGGAAUCGUCCUGCUCAUCAUUGUCUCUUACCUCAUACACAGAAAGAGAAAGAGAUUUUAUCCACUUCAGAGACAAGACAUGGAUCUAGACACAUGGUCCAACGUCAGUCAUUUGGAUUUCUGCUCAACAGCUUUUAAUCGAACGGAUCUGAUAAUCUGAAGAUUUUGCCAACUCCAAACUGCACGCCUUACCUUGUAAAUUUGAGAUUUAUGUUUUCACAAAAAAAAAAGCACAUCUUUGUAUAAUCAAAGUUACAUGUUAAUGGUCACUGUCUACACAAACUUUUACAACGUUGUAUAAA